AUGGUAGAAUCAUCUUUAGUGAAAUAAGUAAAAAUUGCAAUAAUUGGAGGGUCUGGAGCAACUGGUAGAGAAAUUAUCAGAUGUGCAAAACAAGACCCAAGAGUCAAAGAAAUUUCUAUGAUAGUUAGGAGGAAAUUAGAGGAAUGGAAGCAAGAGGAAUUUUAACCAGAGUUGAAGUUUAUCCAAAGAGAAAACUUUGACAAUCUAAACGAGCUUUAGGAUUAGCUUCAAGGGUAUGACAUCUUCAUCAGCUGUUUAGGAGCAAGAUAAAAGGUUGGAGAGUAAGAAUUCAAAAAAGUUGAGAGAGAUAUUCCAGCUGCAUUCGCUGCACUUGGAAAAUCGUGUGGUGCAUCAUAUUUCUCUUACUUAUCAAGCAUGAUGGUAGAUAAAACCUCAAGAUUGUAGAUAUUAAGUGUAAAAGCCUAGACCGAAGAACUCAUUUAACAACAAGAAUUGCCCAUUUCUGCAAUGUUCAGACCUGGAGCAUUGAUAAACAGAGACAACGAUUUCAGAUGGAUUGAAUGGCUAUUAGCAAAGGUACCUGGACCAAAGAUUGACGAUAGUGUUCUUGCUUACUCUAUGUAUCAUCAUGCAGUUAAUGAAACUCUCAAGCUAAAAGGAAGCCAAUAAACCUAAACAAAUCCUCGCCACAUUGCUAUUGAAAAUGAAGAUAUUAAAUCCUUUGCUAAAUUCAUUAAAGAAGGAAUAAUCUGA